UUUUUUCUAUUCCAUAUGGUUUGUCAGCCAUAUUUACGAUCUCAGCAGAUUAAUAUUUUUUCACAUUGUACUAUCAAAAUCUCGGUAAUUCGCUCUAGACCAAAACUUAAGUGUAUUUUAUACGAUUUGUCCUAUAAGUAUUUAAUCAGUUUUUAAAUUGUAGAAACAAAUAGCGUUGAGUUGAAGUUUUUCCUUUGAACUACAACCAAGUCAGGUGUUGAGUGAUAUUGCAGUUUACAAAGUUUGUUCAAUAAAAUGGAGGGCUAUAACAAUCAGUUAUCACAAAAUGCUUUUAAAAAUGAUGGAUCAUUCUUAGAAGUAUUUAAACGUUUUCAAGAACAGCAACAGGAACAACAACAUCAACUUCCAUCUGAAGUAAAAGUUAUAGAAACUCCUUCACCUGCUGUUGCUGCUUCAUAUACUUCUGAAAAACAAACAGAUACUACAAAAGCAAUGCCAAUUAUUGGUAAGCGUAAAAAUAAAAUCCUAAAAACAGGAAUUGUUAAAAAAGUAAAGCCUGAAGAAGAAAAAAAAGUUUCAAAGCCUACAGAUGCCUGGUCAGUUUAUUUAGAUGAAGUAAAAAGAUACCAAGAAACAGUUGGUGAACAAGACAGUAAGACUAGACCUCUUGUGAAAUAAGUUAUAAUGUAUUUGUUAACUAUGUACAAAAAGUAUGUUAUUAUGCUGUUUAUAAGUUGUUCAUAUUACUAUUAUACAUAUAUUUAAUAUUAAGUUAAAUACAAUUUUUUUUUUAUAAGUAAUUUUAUGACAUAAUUAUCAUGUACUUUAUGUUUUAAGCUAAUAUGUAUAGAAAACACAUGAAUUUUACUUUCAAUUUUAUAAAAUUUGAUUUUGUAAUACAUAAAUAGUACUACAAGUGAUAUCAUGUAUUGACUAUUUUAGUACUUUGUUCUAAUUUGCUUAUAAAUAAAAUAUUAUAAAUAAGUAGAAACUUAAUUCUUAAUUUUAAUAUAAUUUCAUUUAAAGAUAAAUCGAUUACAAGAAAUCAAUUUACUCAAAGUAAAAUUUAAUAAGCCUCAUAUCUGUUUUCAUUUUAUUAUACAUUUAAAAAUAAAUUAUAAACACUAAUAUUUGGCUUUUGAUUUAGAAUUUGAUGGUUAAAACUUUAAUAAUCUAUAUUUUUGAAUAUUAAAUAAAGUAGAAUGUCAAAUAUUAUUUAAAGUAUUAAAAAUUGCAUUGAUUGGUUGAAUACUCCCACAUAUUAAUUGUUUUAAGUUUUUGAAUCAUUCAAUCAUUAAUAAUUAAUGAUUUUUUUUAUUAAAAGUUUUUUAACUGACCAGAUGGUAACUUAAAUAUAUAAUUUAACUCAUUAACUUUACUAUGAACUACAUUUUAAUAUUAUUUUAAUUCCACUUAAAUAAUAUUUAUUAACUAAAAUUAAACUUAAAUAUUCAUGUAAUAGUAUGACAAAUUUGUAUACACUUGUGUUGUAAUUGUUAAAAAUUAUUUUUGUAUUUCGUCGAAGUACAUAAAAUAGUAUUUGCCUAUUAUGUAUAUAAUAAUAUAAAAAUACAAAGAAAUUACACAGAACAACAAAUAUUGAACAAUUUUCUUGUGUCCACAAUAUUUAGGUGAAAUGCAUAUGAAAUUCUAAUACUUCAGAUUUUUUUCAUUUAGUUUUUAAAAUAAUUAAACAAUUAUAAAUAAUAAUGAAUUAUAUAUAUACAGCUUAUUUGUCUAAUAAAAUGGUUUUUCUAGAUCUUUGA